AUGGUCGCUCCCACGCUGGUGCUGCAGAUCGGCUGUUUCUUUGGGAUAUUUACCUGCGACACGCCCCGGGGAGUCUGGCCUGAAGGACGCCCGACUGUUCUUUCCCCGUGGCCUCCCAGUCCCAGCUCGACGAGCUCAACUACUUCGGUGCCCCCGGCUGCUUCGUCUGCAUCUACGAUCAGUGUCCCGACAGUCACCGGCCCGACUGAGCCUACAGUGACGGUGACUGCAACGUCCUCUGCAUCUACUACUCUGACGACGCUCACGACUCUGCCCUCGCCCACAGACUCUGCUACUGCCACUUCUGCUUCUACUUCUGCUGAUUCCACUACUAUCUCCAGCACAUCCAGUGCUUCUGACCCGGCUGGCUCUUCCACUCUCGUUCCCACCUCAGAGCCUAGCGCCUCUGAGCCUAGCACUUCAGAGCCCAGUUCAUCUACCGGUACUCCAGGGACUUCGACCAGUGAUCCUGAUCCCACGAGUGCCACUGAGCCGUCCAGUACUUCGACCUCGACUCCCGAGCCUUCAGGUACUGUGACUUCAAGUACUUCGACUUCGAGUCCUAGUACUAGCCCCCCCAGCACUUCCAGCACUUCCAGCACUAGCCCGUCUAGUACCUUGACCUCUACCUCAUCCCCCUCUACGUCUUCUACCUUAACGCCCAGUGCCAGCCCUACCCCGUCUACUACAGUCACCCCGUCCCCCAGCAUGUCUGUUACUUCCACUAGCGUGGCACCCUCGGCCACCGGGUCCCUGGCCAACAACAUCCUUGUCAUCGCCCGCGACUCUACGCAGGCCAGCGUUGCCUCGUCCGGCCUGAAUGGCUACGGAAUCCCCUUCACGACGCUCCUGGUCCCUCAGGCCGGCGUCGAGCUGCCGGCCCUGAACUCCUCCUCAGGGGGCAACUUUGGCGGUAUCGUCGUUGCCGGCGAAGUCAGCUACGACUACGGUAACGAUAACUGGCGCUCCGCCCUGACGGACGACCAGUGGAACCAGCUGUACGCGUACCAGCUCGCCUACGGCGUGCGCAUGGUCCAGUACGACGUCUUCCCCGGUCCCAACUUCGGCGCCUCGUCCAUCGGCAACGGCGGCUGCUGCGCCGACGGUGUCGAGCAGCUCGUCUACUUCACGGAUACCAGCGACUUCCCCACGGCCGGCCUCAAGACCGGCUCCAGCGCGGGCGUCUCGACCUCGGGUCUCUGGCACUACACGGCUUCCGUCACCGACACCAACACCACCAAGGCGAUUGCGUCGUUUGCCUCCGGCGGCGGGGUUGACGGCGAGUCUGUGGCCGCGGUCAUCAACAACUUCGAUGGCCGCCAGCAGAUGGCCUUCUUCAUCGGCUUCGACACUGUCUGGUCCCAGACCUCCAACUACCUGCAGCACGCCUGGAUCACCUGGAUCACGCGCGGCCUGCACGCCGGGUACCGCCGCGUGAACCUGAACACCCAGAUUGACGACAUGUUCCUUGAGACCGAUAUCUACCAGCCCAGCGGAACCAUCUUCCGCAUCACGACCGAUGAUAUGGACGGCAUCACCAACUGGCUGCCCAGCAUCCGCGCCAAACUCAACGCUGGAAGCACCUACUUUGUCGAGAUCGGCCACAACGGCAACGGCAACAUCGAAGCCGGCACCACGGCGGCCGGUGAGAGCACCUGCUCCGGCGGCGCCAUCGAGUACGACUCGCCUCCGGACACGGCCCUCGAAUUUGUCAAGCCUAUCGGCACCGGCACUGACGUCUGGCCAACCUCGCCGACCAACUUCACCUGGACAACGACCUGCAUGAACGCGGACAGCCUGCUCAUAUGGUUCCAGAACCACCUGGACGACUACGCCUACAUCAGCCACACCUUCACCCACUUGGAGCAGAACAACGCCACCUACAGCGACAUCUACAAGGAGAUCUCCUUCAACCAGGUCUGGCUCGAGCGUGCUGGCUUCUCGGCCGCGUCCAAGUUCACCUCCAACGGUAUCAUCCCGCCCGCCAUCACCGGCCUGCACAACGGUGACGCUCUCCGCGCCUGGUGGGACAAUGGCAUCACCAACUGCGUCGGCGAUAACACGCGUCCUGUCCUCCUCAACAGCGAGAACGAGAUGUGGCCCUACUUCACCACUGAGGCCGCCGACGGGUUCGCGGGUAUGCAGGUCAACCCGCGCUUCGCGACUCGAAUCUACUACAACUGCGACACCCCUGCCUGCACGACACAGGAAUGGAUCGAUACCUCUGCCGGCGCCGGAGACUUCAAUGACCUGCUGGACACAGAGCGCGCCGAGGUCCUGCGUCACUUGUUCGGCCUCCAUCGCGACCCGUACAUGUUCCACCAGGCCAACCUGCGCAAUGUCGGGAUCGACCCCAUCACCGUCGGCUCUGAGACCGGCCAGUUCUCCAUCUUCCAGGCGUGGGUUGAGACCAUCGUUGCCGAGUUCACCCGGCUGGUGGACUGGCCCAUUGUUACGAUUACGCAUCAAGAGAUGUCCGCCGAAUUCCUCGCCCGCUACACCCGCGACCACUGCGACUACGGGCUCAACUACAUCCUCGACAACGGCGCUAUCACCGGCGUCACCGUGACUGCGAACGGCAACACCUGCGACGCGAACAUCCCCGUUACCUUCCCGACCGCGCCUACGGACACCCUAGGCUUCGCGACGGAGCAGCUGGGCAGCGACCCCUUCACCGUAUGGGCGCAGCUCUCCGGCUCGCCCGUGACCUUCUCCCUUGCCACGCCAAUUGCACUCUAG